AUGACUCAACUAUAUAGUUCGUUGAACAUUACAAAAGAACUUACGGUUGAAGAAACAAUAGCUAUAAUCAGUCAAAGAGAUCUUUCAAGGGAACUAACUAUUAAUAUAACGCCAUAUGUUGGUGUAAAUGUGUCUAAUCCAGAAAUAAUAUCUACUAAGGAUGAUUUAAUUCAAAAAUUAGAUGGUGGCUAUUCGAUUUUAUACCUAGAUAUCUUUUGGAAUGACAGCUCAAGAAAUUGGCAAUUAGCAAAUGAACAAUAUCUGGAUCUUGAUGAUUUUUUUGAUGCUGUGAACAUGUAUUUGAAGGAUUCAAAUUAUGAAAUAGCUAAGAAUUCAAUUAUUUUGAUAUUUAAAUUACAACAAGAUUCGAUAAAUCUGAAUAUUAAUAGAAGAAUUAAAAACUUAUCAACAAAACUUCGAUCGAUAUUUGAUUAUAGACUUUAUUCCAUAGAUGAUUACAGAAGGGUUGAUUUUUAUGAGUAUCCAACCGUAGAUACUUUUCUAUUUGAAGAUGAUAAAAGGGUUAUUCCAAUUGUAUUAAGCAAUGCAACAAGUUCAGAUUAUGUUUUUGUCAAUACUUCAUUGAUUGAUUGGAAUAUAAUUCUCUAUGAUGGAACGAAUAUAAGUGAAUUUACAGAGAUUUAUGAAAGGGAUCAUUCAAUAAUAAUAAAUAACCCAUCAAUUAAUUGGACAGAAGUAAUUGUAAACACGAUUUGGACAUGGAGAACAGAUCAACCCUUUUCUUCAAGAUACUUAAAAGAAUUAUUACAAAAUGAGCUGCUUUCAGAUGUAUUUGACUAUAUUUAUAAUUCUGAUGAUUUUGUUAAUGAUUUAAAUGAAGAUAAUGGCUACAUUGACAAUAGUGCUAAUGGCAAUGGCAAUGGCAAUGGCAGCAAUAGUACAGUUGCAUAUAAUUGUACGAUUUCUACAGAUUUUGGAUGGUUUGUUGAUAAUUGUUAUAAUAAACACCAUGUUUUAUGUGGCAAAAACAUUAGUAGUCUUGAUAAUAAUGAUAUUGAUUGGAGAGUCAGUGAAUCAAAGGUGAGUUAUUUUAAUUGUAAUGAACAAUGCGAGAUUGAAUUUGGAGAAGAGUAUAAAAAUUUAGUUCCAAGAUUACCCAGUCAGCAAAAAUAUAUAAAAGAGAAUCUAAGUUAUAAAUGGAUACAUAAUGAUACCACUACUACUAAUACUACUAAUAUUACUACUACCAGUAAUAGUGACGAUAGUGGUUAUAGUUAUUUUAAUGAGAGUGGUAAUAGAAUUAAAUAUUAUGAACAAUUUGAAAAUUCAUUUUGGGUUGAUUUCAAUUCAUUGGAUGUUGAAGAUUGUUGGGUUAGAGGAGGAGCUAAAGCCAAAUGUCCAUACUUUUUAGAUGAGAUAAAAGAUAAUAGGAAUUUUAAUUUAAUGAUGUCAAUAUUUAGUAUAGUGCUUGGAUUCGUGAUUGGGUUAUUGAUAUUUAUUAUUAAAAUGCAAAAACAUUUGCCAAUACAGAAUAAUAGAAAACGAUGGAAAAAGACAAUUAGUAAGUACAGUGAAAAUGAAUAUGAGGGGGUUCCAGCAUAG